UAUAGGAAUAUGAUGGAAAGUUACAUGGAACCGUAUCCUUCCUGGUUGAUAAAUGAAAAUAUGUCUAAUGUACUUUUGAAAAAUCUUGUAACGGGAAUAGUUUUCAACAUCAAUGAAAAAGUUAUUCCUUAUUGCACACCAAUUGAUGUAUGCGUCAAUUCUCUCAUAGCUUCUACAUAUGAUACAGCGCAUAUUACUGAAACUCUUAAAGUUUAUAAUGUAGGAACAAAUCAUCCGACUAUAAAAGAAAUACUCAAAAUAUUUAUUAAAGAAAACGUAAAGGAUCCUUGGUUGAUCUUUGGUAGCUUAAAGUAUAGAUUUCUGUGUCACAUCAAGGAUUUGGUUUUGGAGAUGAGUGGAAAGCGUGGGAUUUACGUUAGGGAAAUGGAGAAAAUGGAUUAUUCGAUAGAGAUUUCACGAAAAUUUUUAUUGAAGGAGUUGUAUUGUCACACAGAGAAUAUGGAAGAACUUUGGAAAAGUCUCAAUCAGAGUGAAAGGGAAUUGCUGUUUUUUAAUUUAAAUGACAUUGAUUUUGAGAAUUAUGUGAAAAGUUGGUUCAAAAUGGAAAAAAAAUAUAAUUCUAUGGACCCAAUUUCCACAAUGUUACAUUUAGCAAAACUUUAAAUUAUUGAUUCUAUAU